AUGGAUCUGGAGAAAGUCCCUGCACAUCUUCAUGAUGAAGACUCAAAAGUCACCCUCACUAUCAGACUGAUUAUGCAGGGGAAGGAGGUUGGCAGUAUUAUUGGCAAAAAGGGAGAAAUCGUCAAGAGAUUCCGAGAAGAAUCUGGAGCCAAAAUCAACAUAUCAGAUGGAUCAUGUCCGGAACGGAUUGUUACUGUUACAGGCACCACAAGCGCCAUAUUUAAAGCAUUUACCCUCAUCUGCAAAAAGUUUGAAGAGUGGUGCUCACAAUUCAAUGAAGGCGGUGGUGGCGGGUCGCGUGCGCCUAUCACAUUGCGGCUUAUCGUACCCGCUUCGCAAUGCGGCUCGCUUAUUGGUAAAGGCGGAUCCAAAAUCAAGGAAAUCCGUGACGUCACUGGAGCUAACAUUCAGGUUGCAAGUGAAAUGCUUCCCAACUCAACAGAAAGGGCAGUUACGAUCAGUGGCACGUGUGAUGCGAUAACACAGUGUAUCUAUCACAUUUGUUGUGUCAUGUUAGAGAGUCCACCAAAGGGUGCAACGAUUCCAUAUAGACCAAAACCAACAGUUGCCGGACCAGUUAUAUUAGCUGGAGGACAAGCUUAUACCAUACAGGGAAAUUAUGCUGUUCCCGCCCAAGAUAUGGGCGGUUUGGGCAAGUCGCCACUAGCUGGACUAGCGGCACUAGGACUCGGUGGUCUUGCACCAGGAAAUGCUGGGGGAUUAAAUCCAGCAGCGUUAGCAGCGCUCGCCGGUUCCCAGUUACGCACUUCAAACCAGGGCCGCAAUCAGCCAGCAUCUAACCAACAGUCACACGAGAUGACCGUGCCAAACGAGCUUAUCGGCUGCAUCAUUGGAAAGGGAGGCACCAAAAUCGCUGAAAUCCGUCAGAUUUCCGGCGCCAUGAUCAGGAUAUCGAACUGCGAAGAGCGCGAAGGUGGAAGCACUGACCGCACCAUCACCAUCACUGGCAACCCAGAUUCAGUUGCGCUCGCGCAGUAUCUAAUCAACAUGAGUGUGGAGCUGCAGAAGGCGAAUCUGGAGGGUGGGUCGAGUUCGAGCGGGUCGACUAGCCCGCUCGCGUCCGCCAUUCCACUCGCCCAACUGCUCAACAAGAGCGGGGCGCUCGGCGCGCUCAGCUCGCUGACCGCGCUCGGCGGUCUCACGGACCUGCUCACCGGUGCGCCGCCCGCGCCGGUGCAGACCACCGGCGUUAACCGCUCGCACAAAUUCAACCGCCGCCAGGACGACGAACCAUCCAAAACCUCCAAAGAACGAAACAAAUACAGCCCCUAUUAA